GUCAGCGCCACUACGGUUAGCCGCUAGCCUCUGCGCUAAGUUGACUGAAUGAGCGGUUAAUUGAACCGGACGUCUGAGCAGCGGCGACCACACGUUUGGAGGAUGGGGGGCCUGCUGUCCCGAUGGAGGACGAAGCAGACCACAGUGGAGCAGCUGGAGAGCCUGGACAAGGAGAUUAAAGAGCUGGAGGAGUUCAGAGCCAAAAACCAGCGUCUGCAGAAGCUGUGGGUGGGCCGCCUGCUGCUCUACUCCUCGGUCCUCUACCUGCUGACGUCCCUCCUGGUCUACGGACUCUACCUGCCGGACCAGUGGCUGCAGCGGCUCGCCAUGGCGCUGCCCUUCUUCCUCUACCCCCUGCUCGUCUGGUUCAUCAGGAAGCUGCUGAUCUUCCUUUUCUCCAAACGCACUGAAAGAAACAACGAUAAACUUGAGGAGUUGAAGAUCACCAAGAAGAAGAUCCUGGAGGAGGUGAUGGAAACCGAGACGUACAAGAACGCCAAACUCAUCCUGGAGCGCUUCGACCCCGAGGCCAAGAGGAAGGCCGAGCUGGAGUCGACCCCGACGCGACCUCCGGUGACCCCCAGGCCGGGACAGGAGAUCAGGCAGAGGGGCGUCCCCAUGAGGCCCAUGCCGAUGGGCCCCCCCUCCUCCGUGGGAAUGACCCCCCCUCCCGGAGCGCGGCCCGUCACGGGACCAGGAGGAACCCCAGUAGGUGAGGACGCUCCGGGCGGACCGCCGGAACGAUCCGAUCUGUCUCCGUCCCUGAUCCGCAGGACGCCCUGCUCCCCCGUCCCUGCUGCAGGGCUCCACCCCCCCGGACCCCCCCUCGCGAGGCCGGUUCUCCCCAAAGACAGAGGAGCGGUGGACCGAGUCAUCGAGUACCUGGUGGGAGACGGACCGCAGAACAGGUACGCUCUGAUCUGCCAGCAGUGCUCCUCUCAUAACGGCAUGGCUCUGAAGGAGGAGUUCCAGUACCUCGCCUUCCGCUGUGCCUACUGCUACUUCAUGAACCCGGCCCGGAAGACCCGCCCCCAGGCCCCCAAGCUGCCGGAGUUCAGCUACGAGCGGAGGCUGCGGUCCGAGUCCCGCUCGCCGGGGCCGCCGCCGCCACGGCGCCGCGGCACCGACUCGGAGGACAGCGCGCCCCCUUCUGGAGCUAAAGCUCCGGCUCCGUGGAGUUCGGUCCACAGUUUCCAGAUCCGGCGGCGACCCCUGACCCCACAGAGCCGGGUCCAGCAGAGUCCAGACGAGAGGGAGGCUGGAGAGGACGACGCCAGAGCGGUGGAGAGCCGGGCGGAGGAGCAGGAGGAGGUCCGGGAGGUCCCGGAGGUCCAGGAGGUCCGGGAGGUCCCGGAAGUCCUGGAGGGGGCGGAGUCAGAGUCCCAGCCGAGUCCCAGCAGAGAAUCCCAGGCUCAGCCGUCGUAGUGUCGGCUCUCCGCAGGGUUCGUACCGGACCGGGAUCCACCGAGGCGGUGCUGGCAGAACAGGAGAGCCCCCCCCCCACCUCACCUCACCCCCCCCCCCCCCCAAUCAGUGCUAUUGAUCAGUAUUGACACGGGGCCACGGCGCCGCGGUCUGCAACGCUGUCCAGCAACACACUGCAGCCAUCGCUCCCCUUCACAUUACACACACAUACACACACACACACACACACACACACACACACACACACACACACACACACACACACACACAUACACCAUUUUUACUUCUUCUAAGUUACGUUAGCGUUGGAGAGAGUUCAGAUCAGUCGUUUCUUCGCCCUUCAUCUCUCAUCUUCCUCCGUCAGUCGGUGAACAGAUGAAAGCAGGACGGACCGACGCCGCCCGCUGGACUCAGAAACACAAAAGCUUCCAUGUUUUAAUUGUUAGUUUCAUGAAUUCUGCUUCAGUAAAAGUACAAACGGUGUCCAGCCAGGUGAGAUAAUCGGACGUUUUGGGAUGAUUGACUUGGUUUUCCUGAUCCCUCCUGAUCCAGAGCUGCGUCAGCUGAGUUCCUGCCCGGAACCGUUUUAUCAGCAGAUCUUCUGACACAUAAACUCAAACGUUUCUUUGUUUUUAAAUUCACCUGAAAAAUCAUCAAAAUUAAGAAAAAGUUCUCCAAAUGUUUUUUAAAAAUCCCCUUUUCUCUGCAGUUUUCCGUGGUUUUCGUAGCUGUAGAUUUUCACUUCAAACAUUCGAAGCCGCCUUUUCCUCCCGAUGUUUUUUGAGGUGCGUUUGAAUAAUCUGGCAGCAGAUUAAAGCCCGUCGGGCGCACCGAUUGGCUGUCACGUCUCCGGACUUCCCGCCGUUUUCCUGCGUCUCCGCUUCGUUUUUGCACUAAGUUAUGUUAUGGUAUUUAUUUUCCUGGCCGCCGGCUGCAGACGCCUGAAUGUGUGCCUUGGUUACUGCCGCCGCCGCCGGUCGGCCAGCUGACAGAGUCGCCGGCGUUUUGUUCCCCUCGUGUUUACGACCGUCGUGUUUUUAUCAAGUGUCUAUGCAAAAGGUAAAUACACUGGACCCCCCACAGAGAGCAGCGUGGUGAGCAGACGACUCGUUUCGGUUCAUUUAACCGCUUUAACUCGAUCGCAAAGACCAACCUCAGCAUCAACUGACAUUUCCCCCAAAACAACUUUCAAAAUGUUUGUGGUUUUGCCAAAAAGCAUGAGAGUGUGUGAAGCUUUUCUUACUCCUCAUCGUGCUGAAGAAGGAAACCCUGUGUUGGGUUUUAGUUGCUUUUUGCUUGUUUCAUGAAUUUUCUGCCAAAAUGCUGUUUUUGUCGCCGAGCACCAAUAAAGGUUUCAGCUACA